GCUAGGGAGCCAGUGCCUGAGCCUGAGCAGGAAGCGGAAGUGGGGUCUGACAGGGAGAGGCGGGGCUUCCCAGAGUGCAACGCGCUGAGUAAACAGAAGGAGCGGGGUGUGUGGGUGUCAGACCGAGUGUGUUGUGUCUGUGAGAGGGAUCCCGUUGUCAAGGCAAUGGCCAGUGACCCUCCCCCGCCCUACCCCGGGGGCCCAUCGGCCCCACUGCUGGAGGAGAAGCAGGGACUGCCCAGAAUGGAAGAGCCCAGAGCUGCUCCAUACCCACAGGCCAUGCCGUUUGCACCCCCAGAUUGUGGCCCCCCUCCAUAUGAUGCCAACCCCGGAUACAUUGCCCCUAAUCCAGGUUUUUACCCUCCCCCUGGGCCCUAUGCACCAAUGGGUUAUUACCCGCCAACACCUGGCCAGUUCCAGCCGCCCUACCCAUCCCAGUACCCGUCCCCCGGGGCACAGGGCACCGCAGUAAUUGUGCCGCCGGGACCCAGUUCUACCUCCGCCGCCACCACCGUGACCUCCACUACUACCACUGUGACUGUGCUGCAGGGAGAGAUCUUCCAGGGCUCCCCGGUACAGACCGUGUGUACCAACUGCCAGCAGCCAAUCACCACUAAAAUCUCCCACGAUAUCGGCCUCAUGAACUUCCUGCUCUGCUGCUUCUGCUGCUUUGUUGGGUGCGACUUGGGUUGUUGCCUGAUUCCGUGCAUAAUUAAUGACCUGAAGGAUGUAACGCACAGCUGCCCCAACUGCAAGUACCACAUCUAUACCUACAGGAGGAUGUGCUAAGGGGGUCCUCCAUCAUUUCAUCUCUCCGUCCAUGGAGAUGCCAGCCACCCAACCUUCCACAGACUGGAAAUGAUCCCAGCGGGUUACAUGAAGGGGCAUCUCUUUUUGAAGCACAUUUCGGGCCAGCGCCCCCUAGUGCCAGUGAGUGUAGAACCCUGGCUUCCCUGUAUAUGGGGGCCUUAGGCUGUGUGUAAGUUGAACGUGGGGGGGGGUUGUGCUACAUUCUAAGUUAGUGUCCUGUCCACAAGCUGCCAGUGAGGCCUCCGUCAAGAACCUUCCCAUUGUAGGGUGUGUCCAAUCAGCACAGGGAAUCGGUGCCCCAUAUCACUAGCUCAGGACUUUGUGUUAACCCUUUCACUGCAGCCUAGGUAUAUAACACCACUGUCUGCAGUCAGGGGGUAAAACGUUGCAUGCAAUCUUCCAGCUAGUGUCUUCAUGCACCCCCCCAACCAACAUUCAUGUUUCCCUGCACCCCAUGUCACCCUUUCCUUUGCGUUGUGCUGUGACCCCGUGCCUACAAGACGUUUUCUGAUUGGCCUGUUCUGCUGCCUUACCCCUUCUCACUUGCUACAGUGUUUGGAAUGUUCCAUUUGCUGCCUCUCUGAAGGGGAGCCAGGAAUCAACUCAGCAGAUAGUUUACUUUUUACAUUUUGUACAAACUAUAGAUUGAUAUUUAACGAGUUUUGCUGCUUUCUAUAUUCUCCUGAGCAUGAGAUACGGGGCUGUACAUUAUCUACUGAUAAUAAAGCUGCACAGGAAGGAAAUACGUUAUAGGGGGGGUUAAAGAAUAACACAGGAAUGGUGAGUGCAUGGCGGCUCUCCUUGUUUAUUGCCCAGGGGUAAAUAACUGAGCCCCACUAGUGUGUUGCACCAAUAGUCUUAAUGCUGAGGGGUGCAAGUCUACUGCUGCCCUAAACCCCAGGCAAUAGUGAAAGAGUGGGGUGCGGGGGGCCCAUGUGUUGUUCUUGUGAUGAGCUUGCACGCCUGUAGGGUUGCCUUCCCCUUUAUCAUUGUAGCAUUGGUGGGAAUGGCGCUCGCUCUAUGGUUAUGAAGCAAAGCUUCCGCUGAAUCUUUCUUACCCUUUUGUGUCACUUUACUGCCCUGUUGCUAAACCCUAUCCCAGGCUCUCACCUCAGGCAAAAUAUUUUCUACUGUGUGAAGACUCUCCUUUUAAAGGGGAAAUACCCUUUUUAUAAAGUUUGGAAGAGGAGUUGUGGGCAGUGUCUAGAGGAGAUUUCCCUUCCCUUUAACUCUGUGUGUUUGCCAGUUGUUCCUGGCUACCAGUUUGGCUAGCAGCCGGGCCAUAUUAUACCCAGUGGCACACAGGCCUCUUGGCAAGGUACAUCCAUGAGUGGCUGCCAGUAUAUUCCUGUGCAAUGGGCAUAACCAGGACAGGGAUUUGGGCACUGGGCAGCUGCUGGCAUGUACAAGGGCAAGGGAGCCUGAAAGUUUAAGAAUCCCCACGCUGAUAGUAAGCCCCUCCCCAAACAUGGCUGCUUGGUGUAACCAGAGACAAAUGAAUUUCCGACUGUGUGCGAGCCGCUUGCACUUGGUUUCCUCAUGUUUGGCUGUAGGAUUCUGCCUGCCGACAACUGCAGCUUCCUCAUGCCUCCCCUGCAUGCACUGUGCCACCAUCAUUCCUCCUGGGGGAGGAGCCAACUGAGCCCUCGCUGUGUUGGGCAGCGGAUCUUUCCUGCUAUCACCAGCACUGUAGCCACACAGGACUGUAUGAUCCGCAUGGGACUGUGCACUUACUGUCAGCUUACUGGUACGUCCAUUAAACUGUGAUCUGAGCAGAA